AUGCGCCAAUUCUUGGCCUAUCUCCUUCUUGCCAUAACUAAUGGCUUCGCCCUCACAUCAGCGGCAGCCUCCGGCUACCACGAGCAAUUAACGCUUCGACCUUUACCCCUGUCCCAGCUCCUAGCGAGCUUCAACUUCCGAGCCAAUACUUCGAUCGCCGACUUUGAAGCGAACAACUUUCGACUUUUCCCUCGAUCAUUAGCUCAAAUCUUGCAAUAUGCCGGCACACGGGAACUUCAUCUUCGAUUUACACUUGGACGAUGGGACGCUCAGUCGUGGGGUGCCAGACCUUGGGAUGGAACACGCGAGGGAGGCACUGGUGUUGAACUGUGGGCAUGGCUGGAUGCUGAGACUGAUGAAGAAGCGGACGAGAAGUGGUUGACUUUGACAAAUGCUUUAUCUGGACUAUUCUGCGCCAGUCUCAACUUCAUCGACGAAACGAGGACGAUUCGACCAGUUAUGUCUUUCCAGCCUGACGGCGACCACUCCAACUCGUCGCUUGCCAACACCAGACUACUUCAUGGUGUUUUGCCUCACGAAGUCGUCUGCACGGAAAACUUGACUCCGUUCUUGAAAUUAUUGCCAUGCAAGGGCAAGGCUGGUAUUGCUACACUACUAGAUGGUCACAAACUAUUCGAUGCGUCUUACCAGAGCAUGGCCAUUGACGUGCGGCCCAAGUGUAACCCGGACGGCGAAUGCUUUCUAGAGAUGGAAGAGACUGUAGAUAUGGUUCUCGACGUUAACCGAUCCAAGCGACCCCAAAAUAACCCCAUUCCAAGACCUCCUCCAGCUCACGAGCUCCUUUGCGACACAUCGAAAGAUUAUCACUCCGAACAUAAUUGCUUCCCUGCCGACAGUCUCGAUGGUCAAGACUGGACUCUAUCUCAAGUAUUUGGCCGAGCUAUGAAAGGAACGUGUCCUCUUACCGACCCCGGCGUCCCUCCGGUCUGUGUUCAAAUCCCCCAGUCUCGAGACAUCUAUACCACCGAAGGGGCCCGCGAGAUACGAUCUAAAGACGGAAACUCCCGAUGCUAUAGUCUCGACCCCGAUGCUGAACUUACUCUUAUGCUCGUCAAGCCGGAGUCACAAGAUGAGGACAAGAUCCUGAACAAGCCCGAGACACCACUCCUCUACGCUGAUCGCAGUUUCAACGGUCACGGCCAGGAACACGGUGGUGUACAGGCUAUCCUGAGCAACCCCAGCGAUACCGAUGUCGAGUUCGUCUACAUGGAAUCCCUACCCUGGUUCAUGCGUAUCUAUCUCCACACCCUCUCGGCCCGCAUUGCCGAUUCUCCCUCUUCUAACUCUUCCGACCUGAUCAAGGAGAUCUACUACCGCCCUGCCCUUGAUCGUGCCCGUGGUACACAGCUCGAGCUUUUGAUGCGCAUCCCACCACACUGUACCGUCUUCCUCACUUAUGACUUUGAGAAGGCCAUUCUGCGGUACACCGAAUAUCCUCCCGACGCAAAUCGAGGCUUCGAUGUUGCUGCUGCGGUCAUUACCACGCUGGAGCCUAAGGUUCUAAACAUCCGCACCACAACGUUGUUACUGUAUCUCCCCACGCCUGACUUUAGUAUGCCGUACAAUGUCAUCAUUUUUACAUCGACUUGUAUCGCGUUAGCAUUUGGAGGAUUGUAUAAUAUAUUGGUGAGGAGAUUUGUGGGUGCAGAUGAAGCGCAGGGCACGGCUUUGAAGGCGAAGCUGUUGGGGUUCAUCGCUAGACUAAAAGGUAAGGCUGGGAAAUAG